CACAAUGAUGAAGAUCAUCAUCGCAGUCAUCGCCUGCCUCCCGCUGAGGGUCCUUGGAUAUAAGCCCUUGCUCUUGGAGGAGGAUUGCGGGAUCGAAACUUCAUUCGCCGCUAAAAUCUUGAACGGUCAGAAUGCUAAGUUGGGAGAAAAUCCAUGGAUGGCCUAUCUGACAACACCCAGCGGAUCGAAAUGUGCCGGCACCCUUAUCAAUCACUGGUUCGUCCUAACAGCUGCUCAAUGCAUUCCCGACGACUUGGAAAUAACGGUUCACCUGGGUGAGUACAACGUAGAAACCACGACGGACUGUGAGCUUCAAAUAUGUCAGGGAAAGGCCCAAAAGUACGAGGUGGACAUGGCCUUCAAGCAUAAGUUUUACGAUUCAAGUACGCAUGCCAACGACAUCGGGAUGUUGCGGCUCGACAAGAGGGUGAAGUACUUACCUCACAUCCGGCCUAUUUGCAUUUUCGUGGACGAACGGUUGAGGGAACGAGUGGAUCAGCUCAAGUGGUUUACGACCACCGGUUGGGGACAGACUACCAAGAAUGCGACGAGCAGCGUUCUCCAAAAAAUGGACAUCAGUCGUCAACCUAAAGAGUUAUGCUCUGAAAUCUUUGGAAAACCCUUGACCUCCGAUCAGAUUUGCGGCGGCAACGGUAACAAAACCCUCUGCACUGGAGAUCUUGGUGGUCCGCAGAUCCGAAAGAUGUAUUACAAGAAGCACGACCGCUAUGUCCAAGUGGGCAUCGCCAGCUGGGUGAGCGAUCAGUGCCUGAACGCCAGCGUACUCACGGAUGUCUUGGGCCACGGCCACUGGAUCGAACGGGUAGUAAGGCAGUUUGGACCCGUCCAGGAUAUGCAGAGACCUUUGUUACUCAGAAAGAAUGUCGGAUUCCCCGAAUUCUAUUACCCACUAUAAUUUCCAACCUAAAAGGGAGCAUUUUAAUCUGAACUUGUUAAACAAAAUGUAUACCAUUUGCAAAAAUAUACAUAUUUAUCGCCUAAAAA